CGCGUGUGCUGGCUGACCUAGAAAGGCUCAGACAGGGGGUCGCAGAGAAAGAGGAGGAGAGGCGCCAUCAGGAAGACUCCUGGAAGGCUUUCAGAGGAAGGGGCUGCAGGUGGGGAAUCCUCCCCAGCCUGGGAAGUGGGGAGAAGAAAAAUUCUUUUCCUUGUCAAUCCUGGUUUGAUCUCCUGACUUGAGCAAUAACUGUGGCUGCCAGAUCAAGUCGUCAUGGAGAAAAUGAAGGUUGCCACUCAGCACAAUGCAGCACUUCCUGAUGUGACUGUCAAACUGGAAGAAGGAGAAGAGGAAGAGGAGGAGGAUCUGCAGCAGGAGUCAGAGCCCUUUUUAGAAAUCAAUUCAGAUUUUCCUGAUGUGAUAAUCAAGCUUGAACCAGAAGAGGACUCCUCCAGUGAACAGCAGACAGAAGACGAGACCUUUCCAGGGAUAAGUUCAGCGGAAUUUUCACGCGUCAAGACUGAUCUGAUCUCCUGGCUGGAACAGAGCCCAUGGUUGCCAAACGCCCUCAUUUUGGAGAAGAUGGAGGUUGCUUCUCAAUGCAACACAGCAUUUCCUGGUGGCGCAGUCAAGGUGGAACAAGAAGAGGAACCAUGUCGUCCAAAUCUCCAGGACUCUGAGGUCAUCCCUGGAACCAGCUCAGAGUUGGAAAUGGGGUUUCGGUCUCAACCCGAAAAGAAAGUGGUUGAAGCAGGUCAGGAAGUCACCUUUGAAGACGUGGCUGUAAAUAUCAGCAAGGAAGAGUGGGACCUCCUGGAUCCAAAUCAGAGAUCUCUGUACAUUGAUGUUAUGAUGGAAAACUAUGAGAAUCUCUCCACAUUGGAUAACUGGAAGAGAAUGAGCAUCUGUGUGGAUGGGACCUACGAAGCGAGUUUUACCCAGAAACUAAAUCCACGUGGAGAAGAACAAUUCCAGGCAGAACAGCAGUUGGGAAGCAGUGACUCUACACAUGGGCUUCUCACAGAAGAGAAGCCUAAUGAAUAUCAGGAAUGUGGAACACGGUUCCCCGAGAUAACCAUCCUUUUGUACGACCAGAGAGUCCCCGUGGGAGAAAACCCCUUCAAAUGCACUGAGUGUGGGAAAUGCUUUUCCCAGAAUUCCUAUCUUGUGAGGCACCAAAGGGUCCACACAGCAGAGAAAUCAUACAAAUGCCUGGAGUGUGGGAAGUGUUUUCCUUGGAAUUCCUACCUUGUGAGGCACCAAAGAGUCCACACGGGAGAAAAAGCGUACGAGUGCCAGCAGUGUAGGAAAUGCUUUGCUUACAAGUCAGACCUUGUGAGGCACCAAAGGGUUCACACAGCGCCAAAAUCUUAUGAAUACCAGGAGGGUGGGGAACUUGUGCCUCAUCAGAGACACCGUGUUGCACAGAAACCAUUCAAGUGCCAGGACUGUGGGAAAUCUUUCACUUUAAGCUCAGCCCUCGUGAGGCACCGCAGCAUCCACACAGGAGAGAAGCCCUUCAAAUGCCAGGAAUGCGGAAAGUGUUUCGCGAAGACGUCAAACCUUCUGUACCAUCAGAGAGUCCACACGGGGGAGAAGCCAUUCAGAUGCACAGAAUGUGGGGCCUGCUUUGCUCACAAGUCACAACUGGUGACACACCAGCGACUCCAUACGGGGGAGAGACCGUUCCAGUGUCAAGUGUGUGGGAAAUAUUUUGCUCAGACCUCGACCCUGGUUAGGCAUGAGAGACUCCACACAGGGGAGAAACCAUAUAAAUGCCAAGAGUGUGGGAAAAGCUUUGCUUCCAAGUCACAGCUUGUGAUCCACCACCGAGUCCACACAGGAGAGAAACCCUACAAAUGCCAGGUGUGUGAAAAAUGCUUUAGCAACAAUUCAGACCUUGUGAAACACCAGCGAAUUCAUACAGGGGAGAAACCAUACAAGUGCGAGGUGUGCGGGAAAUGUUUCAGCAGCAAUUCAGACCUUGUGAAGCACUACAGAGUCCACACAGGGGAGAAACCCUACAAAUGCAAAGAGUGUGGGAAAUCAUACAGCAACAAUUCCGACUUUGUGAAGCAUCACAGAAUCCACACAGGAGAAAAUGCACACAAAGGCCAGGGGCCUGAAGCACACACUAAUAAAAAUAAUAAUUCGGAACCUGUGAAGCCCCCAGAAGUGCAUGUAGGAGAGAAAGAGUACAAAUGUGAUGAGUGUGGAAGAAUAUUUUAUAAGACGUCAACACUUCUGUUACAUCAAAGAACCCACACAGGGGAGAAACCAUACCAGUGCCCAGUGUGUCUAAAAUGCUUUGCUCGGACAUCACACCUCGUGGCACACCAGAGACUCCAUACUGGAGAGAAGCCAUUCCGGUGCCAAGAGUGUGGGAAGUCGUUUGCGGAAAGUUCGAGCCUUGUGAAGCACCGUAGAGUCCACACAGGAGAGAAGCCGUACCAGUGCCUGGUGUGUGGGAAAUGCUUUGGUCGGAGCUCGGCCCUUGUCAUCCACCAGAGAGUCCACACCGGACAAAAACCAUAUCAGUGCCAGGAGUGCGGCAAAUGUUUUGCUCAGAACGGUGGCCUCACAACCCACCAAAAAAUCCACACUGGAGAGAAACCGUUCAAAUGCCAGGAAUGUGGGAAGUGUUUUGCUCUGAAGUCUGUCCUUCAGAUGCACCAGAGAGUCCAUACAAGAGAGAAAUUCAAAUGCCAGGAGUGUGACAGAUCGUUUAAUACCACUGCAGACCUUGUGAAGCAUCAGCGGGUUCACACAGGUGAGAAACCCUUCCAGUGCCAAGAGUGUGGGAAAGCUUUUACCAAGUCCACCAUCCUUCUGUUACAUCAGAGGACGCACACUGGAGAGAAACCGCACCAGUGCCAGGUGUGUGGGAAGUGCUUUAGUUGGAAGUCUAACCUUGUGACCCACCAGAGACUCCACACAGGGGAGAGACCGUACAAGUGUAAGGAGUGCGGUAAAUCUUUUGCAGAAAGCUCAAGCCUUGUGAAACACCGAAGGGUCCACACAGGAGAAAGACCAUACAAGUGCCUGAAGUGUGGGAAGAGUUAUGCUUACAGUUCAGACCUUCUCAACCACCACAGAGUCCACACUGGACAGAAGCCAUACAAAUGCCAAGAAUGUGGGAAAUGUUUUGCUGUUAAGUCCGUCCUGGUGAUGCACAACAGAGUCCACACAAAAGAGAAACCAUACAAAUGCCAGGUGUGUGGCAAAUGUUUCAGUAACCAUUCAGACCUUGUGAACCAUCACCGAAUACACACGGGCGAGAAACCCUUCCAGUGCACAGCAUGUGGGAAAUGCUUUGCUCUAAGGUCGAUUCUCGUGACGCACUAUAGACUCCACACAGGGGAGAAGCCAUUCCAGUGCCAUGUGUGCGGGAAAUCAUUUGCACAGAGUUCAGCCUUUGUGAACCACCGUAGAGUCCAUGCACGAGAGAAAUUAUUGCAGUGGCCCGAAGGUGGUGGCGAAAGUUUACCUUCUGUUUCACAACUUGUGGUCCCGAAAGAGAGCCCACCCAGGACAGAAACUGUGUAAAUGCUGGGGGUAUAGGAAAUGUUUUUCUAAAAGUUUGCAUCUUGUGUUUCACCAGAGAUCUACAUAGGAGAGUAACCACUCAUGUAAUCAUAAUAUGGGAAGACUUUGGACUAUCAAAAUAUCCUCACAGCUGCCAGAAAUGUAGUAAAUAUAUUCUUUAUUAGGCAAGAAAACUUUGUUAAAUUCCAGAGACUCACCCAAAAGAGAAAUCGUGACUGCAGAAAAUGUGAACGUUACAGAGGGACUAAU